AUGUCACUCGGAGAGGCCUUUAUUUCUGGAUUCCUUCAAAUGCUGCUUGAAAGGUUGACAUCACGUGAGACACUGAGCUACUUUAGGCGCUUACUAGGAGUUGGAAAAGAGCUGGACAAAUGGAAUUCGAUGUUGUCAGAUAUUCGAGCUGUGCUUAAUGACGCGGAGGAUAAACAAUUGACGAGCCAAGCAGUGAAAUUGUGGUUAGAUGGUCUCAGAUGCUUGGCUUAUGAUGUGGAAGACAUAUUGGACAAGUUUUCAACCGAAAUGUUGCGGCGCCAAAUAAAGGAGAAACAUUGGGCUACUACAAGCAAGGUAUGGUGUUUGUUUUCUGAUGUGAAAUUUAAUUGUAACAUGAACUCGGAAAUAAAGAAAAUUACUGGUCAAAUAGAUGAGAUAUUAGAACGGAAAAACCAACUUGGUUUAAAUGUGGUGACAUCGUCUACUAAGUCAUGGCAUAUGCCACCAAGUUCCUAUCUACCAGAAGGACCAGUGAUUGGAAGGGAUGCAGACAAGAGGAAAAUUACUGACUUGCUGUUGAAAGAAGCACCUCAUACCGUUAACUUUCAUGUAGUUAGCAUUGUUGGUAUGGCUGGGGUGGGAAAGACAACACUUGCAAGACAUGUUUUUUAUGAUGAUGCAAUGAAAGAUUUUAACCCAAAAAUAUGGGUAUCUGUGUCGGAUGACUUCAAUCUUGAAAGAGUGACAAAGGCAAUUCUUGAAUCAGCCACAUCUGGUCCGAUGGCCGAAUUCAAGGAAUUCAACAAGGUUCAAGAAAGUUUGAGUAAGGAAUUAAGUGGCAAAAAGUUUCUAAUUGUUCUAGACGAUGUCUGGAAUACAUGUGUCUAUGAUUUGUGCACAAAAUUACAGUCUCCUUUUCGUGUUGGAGCAUUAGGAAGUAAGAUAGUUGUGACAACACGUGAUGCAAAUGUUGCAAAAAUGAUGGGUUCAACUAUCUAUCAAUUGGAUUGCAUAUCAGAUGAUCAAUGUUGGAAAGUCUUUGAGCAUCAUUCCCUCUUGGACAUUACCAAUAAUAGGCCGCAAAAUUUUGAGUUGGUUAAGAAGAAAAUUGUUGCAAAAUGCAGCGGAUUGCCCUUGGCUGCAAGGACUCUCGGUGGUUUUCUAUGCUUAUUAAAGUUGAGCUAUCACUAUCUCCCUUUGAGUUUGAAACGAUGCUUUGCCUAUUGUUCCCUACUUCCGAAUGACUAUGAAUUUGGGGAGAAGCAGUUGAUCCUUCUAUGGGUUGCAGAGGGUUUGGUUCAACAACGACCAGAGGACAAGAAACAAUUUGAAGAUACAGGUAAUGAUUAUUUUCAAGAGCUAUUGUCUAGGUCGUUAUUUCAAAAGGCAAGCAAAGGCAAUGACAAAUAUGUAAUGCAUGACCUUGUUGGUGAGUUGGCACGGUGGGCUGCAGCUGAAAUAUGCUUUUCACUGGAGGAUAAGGGAAAUGAUGACUUACAACUUAAACCAUUUCCGAUGGCUCGUAAUAUGUCUUAUGUCAGUGGUGAGUAUGAUGGUGUUAAAAAAUUUGAGGCCAUCUCUAGAGUUAAACAUUUGAGGACAUUCCUACUACUUUCACAAUCUGAUGGAAACAAUCUAACUCGUAGGGUUACAUUUGAUCUAUUGCCAAAAUUGUGA